AUGCGUGAAAAGUCCACCGGGAAUGAGGAUCCAAACGAGGUUUACUUGGAUUCGGAAAUGGAAAAAGUUUUCGCCGGUCCAAGUGCGCACAAGGAAAAGUUCGAUGUAACGACAUUUCAGGACGCGAAUCAGCCGAUUGGUUCGUACAAGCAGAGUAAUGUGCAUCGUAAAAGUGAACUGAAUAUUGAAGAGGAUUCUGAAUAUGAAAGCACAACUGACCCCGUCAAUCCGCAAAAUUAUGAUGACAUACCCGAAGACUAUCCAUUAGUAUCCGAGCGCGCGGGACACGGCGAUCAUUCGGAUAAUUCCGCCGAAGAAAAGCAAGUACAUUUUGGCAAAAAGAAGGCUGUAGUUUCUCCGCCCACUUUAGUCUACGAUGAACAACCCGCUGACAAUAUACAUGAGCGUAAACGACGAAGAAG